UGGCCCACGAAAAUAAUUAAUUUGACGUUUUCGAGUACUCAAGUCAGCUGAACAAUGCAUUUUAUUUAUUUUUCUUUGUAAAAAAAGGAAAUUAACUCAUCUUAAUAGAAUCGCUUCGCUGAUCAGUACUGAAAAUGUUAUGUUCUAUAUUUAAAUUGUGAUUAUUACCGUGAUUUGUGCUAAUACAGUGCUUGUAAACCUUUGUUAUUUUUUGUCAUAAAGAUUACUUGAGGAAUGUUUGGCAGACCUAGGUGUAGGGAAUGGACUCCGCUGGCCACCCAGCAGCUGCGAUUACGCAGCUUAAUACAGAUAGUGGGUUACAAUAUCCGACCACCUGAAUGGUGUACGUCUCCGUGCAGCUUCUAUCUGACACUGCAUCACACUACCAUGUCGGCACCGUUCUAUACCAGUGAGAGAAUUUGUUCUCCGCACCCAAAGUGGAAGGAGAUUGACUCAGAAUCGACGCAUCGUAUGUCGUCAACCAAUGUCGUUAUUCGUAUUUGGUGCCACAUAUUACACCCCAAUGACGAAAAUACGAAACUACCCCAAGAUACUGUUAUACAGACAUGGGGCGUUUACUUCAGUGGUCUCCGGUACAUAGGGGCAAAUCUAGCUUCCAAUUUCACCUCAGACUGUUUCAAAAGCAACACAUUAGUUCUACAAAUGCAUGGUGGCUACUUCUGCUCAUAUAAAAGUCUCAAACUAGACGUUAUGCCACCAGAAAAUGAGUUGGAUCCUGGUUCUUUAUCUUCAGAUUCCUCUGGUAGGACCAAUCUAUCCAAAAUCAAUUUAGAACCUAAACAUAUAUUGAAUCAUAAGUUAGGUAAAGAAUCGAGGUCCAUUUCUCCUAGUAAGUAUAGUAGGAAGUCGGAUAAGGAGUAUUCGAAAAGUCACAGUCCGGUCGAAAGGGGGUUUCAGCAGAACUUCCCAACUUUAAGGACGUCAGCUAGCUUAAACAUCGGUCAAAGUCAACGAGAUUACUUUAGGAGAAGAGAUGAAAGUUCGGAAUAUGGUAAAGGCGAUCCAAACGCCUCAAACCAUAUAUACGAACAUUCGCCCGAAAAUUUAGACGUUAAAGAAUACACAUCAAGCGUAAACUGUGAUAAUGUUUGUAAAAACACGACGAAAGAAGAUUUAUCUUGUAACGUAGACUUAAGUGAAACGGCAGAGAGUUAUGACUUGAGAAAUGAGGCGGAUGGAGUCCCUAAAUACAGGUAUAUGGCCCUUAACUUCCUAAAAUCGGAAAUAAGGCCGAGUUACAACGCGACGAAGCUGCAAAAAUUGCAUUUGCUUCAAUACUCUAUUAAGAAAAGGCAGGAGGCUGUGCAAGAAAUUAAGGAGAGGAUAUAUAAGAAGUCUGCAUUGACAAGUGAUGAUUGGCCGUCUCAGGACGAGGCUGGUGAUGUCAGGAUGAAGUUCAAGAGUAAAUCCCAGAGGAAUUUGUUCUCCCCUGAUGAUGGGGAUAGUUUAGAUAAAGAUAAAUCUUCGUCACAAACUGAUUUGAGUGUAAAGAAUGGAAGGGUAAAGGAAGACCGGCCUGUGGUGUCCAAUGGGCCGAGACUCACUCUAAAAUUGAAUGAUCUCUUAUCUUUUAAGUCAAAACCUUCGCCUUUUCAACGAGCAGAACACGUAAGGCUAACAAAACAAUUGGAAAUCUUGAGGUUCAAGCGAAUUAUAUUAUCAGAUGAAAGAGAUAGUAAACUUACAAAUAUAAGAAAACUGAAGGAAAGGCAUGCUAAACUGUUCGAAGAGAAUCAGGAUGUUGGUGAGUGCACAGAACUAAUGCAGAACUACCACUCGCUCUCCCGUCGAAAUGACAGCGUCAAGGAGACUCGACAGUCUUGCUCCGCCGUGCGAGAGCUAGCCGCCUCCUCACACCAUUCACUCUCCGCACAGAGGACUGAAUUGCUGAGGCAGUUGCAUCAGAUAUUCUAUAUAGAACAGAGGGACGCAACAACAUGGACUAUAAUCGGGGUACCUCUUCCCGUUUGUGGUGACGAGUCUCCCCGAGGCACGAACCCUAUCUCCGACUCCGUGGCUGCCGGCUUCGCGGCUCAAGCGACCUGCCUAGCCGCUUCGUUGUUACAUCAGCCCUUGAGAUAUAAGAUAACGCUACUGGGGUCGGCUAGCAAGAUCUUGGAUAUAACGCCUGAUUUGCCUGAUCCGAAUAUACCACUAUUCGCCCGAGGCGGCGACAUAACACUAUUUCGCUACGCAUUAUUUCUGCUCAACAAGUGUAUCGGCCAGCUGGUCGUCGGCCGAGGCUUGCCGCUGAGCGAUAUUAGACCGACACUAGCUAAUCUACAGAGGCUGCUUAAUAGUUCUGCUAAUAUGUCGGAUACCACAAAGUUGUUCGGCUCCUACCGAUGGCUGGUCGACAGUCAGUGUCCUCGAACGCAGUCACUGAGAAGUCUCGUCGCAUCAGAGCGCUGCAAGUAUCGACAGUUCAAUAGAUUUAAGGACGCCGUAGACGGCCAAUCCCCGCAGUCGGCUAUGAAUAAAAAGCACAGACAUUCUCGCAGUGUGGGGAGUUAUCAUGAUGAUCAGGAGCUCCCAACACUAGAAGACUCAACCACAUCGAUAAUGGGCAGCGAAUCCAACAUAUACAACAUGAAACUAACACAAGUCGACAACUCGGACUUGACCAAAAGCCUCAAGUCUCACAAUUCUGACUCAGAAAUACUCAGACUGAACGAAAACGAACAAAGUCAGACCAAAGUAGUGUUUACCUUAGGCGAUAAUUCAACUAUCGAUGUUAGCCAGCAACUUGUAAGAUUAUCGACAAACAACCAAGAUGAGUUCAUCACAUCACUAGUUGGAGAAAAUGUUAAAAAAAUAUGUACAGAAAUUACAGAUUUUUGCUCAGCUGACAAAAUACAUGAAGGUUUAGACAUUGCUAAGCAUUUAGAAUUAGAUUUAGCAAAAAGUGUUGAAGAUAUCGAUAUAGCGGAGUAUUUAGAGAAAAAAGCAAGUACGGAAGACUCGACCGUUUGUGAUGAAACUUGUGCGGAAGUAGUAGAUGUUAUUGUUAUACCGAGUGCCGAAGCUAUAUUGGAUACAGGGCAAACUAGUAUUUUAGAAGUCGAUACUACUCAAAAUGAUACAAAAUAGUCUGAAAGUUUUUUUCUGAUUGAAAAAAUUGUUUAUUUGAAAUUGAAUGGUACUAUUACCUCACUAUUUUGAUCUUAUCCUAAAGUGUUAAUCUUGGACUUUUAGUAUAUGAAAAGUCAUGUAAAAGCAAUUUAUAUUGAAAUACUAACUUCAAUAAAUACAUAGAUUUUUCUAUAUUUACUAAAAGGAUAAUAUCAAUAUAAUGAGCAUGGAAAUAUUGAAAGAAAUAAAAUCGAUAUUUGAAAAGCCAAAUUUAUGACAGAAUUCGUCCAAAAUCAAGAUUUUUGGGACAUUUUUGUUUUAUUAAAAAUAUAUGGUUGUCAAGUAUGUGAUAGAAUAUCCUAUGCAAAUGACAAUAUUAUAAUGAAUUGAAAAAUUAAUUCAAUUUUGACCAAUAUGGCGGCCAUGAUGUUAAGUAGGUUUUGUAUGAAAAAAUAUUUGUUAAAUACCUUAACUUAUUUUCACAUGGUUAGUUUUGCAAAAUUAUUUCAUUACAUCCCUACUAAUAUUAUAAAUGCGAAAGUUACUCUGUCAGUCUGUCUGUUACGCUUUCACGUCUAAACCACUGAACUGAAUUUAAUACAAUUUGGUACAGAGAUAGAGUUGACCUUGAGAAAGAACAUAGGAUAGUUUUUAUCCCAGACUUUGAAGAAUUCUCUUGGAAACGCGAUAUAAUCGAACUCUACGCGGGCGAAGCCGCGGGCGGAAGCUAGUGAAGCUAUAUAAUGUUUUUUUAAGACUUACCUAGAAAAAUAUUCUAAUAGAUUCAAGUCUAUUAGAAAAUAGUCUGAUUUGUAAUCAGCAUUAUUUAGUUCAAGACUCCUUCAAAACUCAAUUUAUUUUUCGUUAAAAACUGCAUGCUUUUCUUUUUUUCGGAAAACUGUUUUAAAAUAAGAAAUUCUCCAUGAAUGAUCCAUGAUCAAUUAUACUGCCAUUUACAACAAGCCCAGUGAUGUAUGCGUAAAAUAUCGAUGUCGAUAAAAUGUGUCGAUGUUUUGUAUCGUAAUUGAAAACUGGCUUUUAUUAUAGAUUAAUUUCCCUUAUUUGGUAUUUAUCUAUAGAUUAUUUUCUGUUUUGGGUAUGCACAGCUUUUAAGUAUCUAUAGAGCAGUGUGUUUCCCUUCAAAGUUUUAAUUUAAACUAGUUUAUGUACACACUCGCUUUUAAUAGUGAUGUCCAUUUGUAUCUUUCUUAUGUCGAUAAGUUACUGUAAGCCUGGCAUAAGUUUUAUGUUUGUUUCAGUCGAUAACAUAUAUCGAUAAAUUAAAUAUAGGUGAACGAUGAAAAACCAAAAGCAUGUUAGUCACAUUCACUUACAUUUGUAUUGUCUCUAUUUUAUUUCCUUACAUAAAUAUAUGGAAACCGGGAUAUACCUUAACCCUAGUUUACAGACUCUAGUGAUUAUUUAUAUAUUUUAAUACACCAGUCUUAUGAACUCGUUCAUAAAUAAAUACAAAAUCGGGACUGAAAAUCGGUUAUGUCACAAUUAAAUAUUCAUCGAUAAAAUUAUCGAUAUCGGUGCUAGACCGUGUCAAACACUAGAUGAUGAAUGAUCAUCAUUUGCCUAGCCUUUUCCCAACUAUGUCGGGGUCGGCUUCCAGUCUAACCGGAUGCAGCUGAGUACCAGUGUGCCACAAGGAGCGACUGUCCUAUCUGACCUCCUCAACCCAGUUACCCGGGCAACCUGAUACCCCUUGGUUAGACUGGUGUCAGACUUACUGGUAGAUGAUGAAUGAUUGAUGCAAUAAAAAUGUUAAUAAGAAUCAUUUUGUGUUCAUUGUUCAAUGAUGAAUCGAAAAAAAAUAAAGAAUAAUGGUUUGCCAGAAUCCAAAAGUAAAAAGACUUUAGAAAAAGUUUUUUUGCGGAUUCCAUAAUAUAUGUGACCCAUCUAUAUCUUGGACUUGGUUACGCCUUAACUUCAGUGAUGUAGAUAAAAAACUUUCAGCAAUAAUUUAUAAUCUAAGGUUACAGGAUAAUUCCUACUUAAAUAACAAUUACAUUUUUAUCCAGAUUUUGUUGAAAUUAAAAUCUGAAUUGAAGAUUAUUUCCCGCGGUUUCUCCUGCGACCCGUGUAAACUACUGCUAGUACCGGGAUAAAAUAUAGCCUAUGUUACUCGGGAAGAGUGUAGCUUUUCAACAGUGAAAGAUUUUUUACCAACAAAAAAUGUUUCCUCUUUAUUAUAUUAGUAUAGAUUUAAGAAAUUUAAUUUUAUGUUAGUUUCCUUUAUCCCGUGAACGCCACUGAAGUUAAGUUUUGUCGAAAUAACGAAAUAAUUCGUAUUUAGGUACAUCGUGCCUAUGUAAUGUCUUGUAAAAAUGUAUGUAAAUUGUAAAUAUAUAUUGGAUACUCUACUUGUACUGCGUCUUUCAUGAUCGGCUGUUGUUAUAAUUAAAUAUUUAUUUCAAGUCUCUA